AUGGCCGCGAUGUUUGAUGAAGGCAAGACGUUGCACUGUCUGGCUUCGGUAUUCGAUUGGGACCUAGAGGAUGUGUCUAAGACAGUGACCUGUUCAGUACCAGACCGAGCCGCGUUCGUUGAACGUUCCCUGGCGAAAUUGAAAAUGUUGCAGAAUGAAAUCGAUGCUGGAGCCCCGUCUGACGAUUCGAAAGAUAGUUCUGUCGAUUGUUCAAACAGCGAUGAACGGAAGCAACAGAUUUUAAUACUUAAGACACUUGUUGAAUAUUUGAAGUGUCACUCGACCUCGUCGUUCAACUCGAUGCCUCCAGAUAUUGUGAAGUUUCUGCCAUACUUAUGUUACUUCGAAAACGAGGCUACGGACACGGAGUUGAAGCAGAAUUGUCAUGCUGUGCUGAUCUACGGCCUCGGUCGUUGUCUGCUCUCACCGACCAACAUCGACCUGCUCUUGACCUACUGUUCCCAGGUCGCGAAAAACAAGUGGUGGAAGGCGCGGGCGUCGCUGCUCUACUUCCUUCAAGUGAUCGUCAUAUCAAAUCUGUUCCAUUUCUGUCACCCAACACAUCAGAAGCGCGUUCAGGAGUUGGUAUUUGACUUGUUGAAGGAUUGCCAGAUCGAAGUACGUGAAGUGGCUUCCACCGCGUUGUGCACGUUUUUUCUGUGCCGCUUCUUGGUGCCGACGCAGGAUAUCAUGGACGAAUUCAAGCGUUGGGCCUCUUCUUCAUCGACGCUCACCCGCCACUCCGGGGUGCUUGGUAUGUCGUCGAUCAUCCUGUCUCUGCCGUACAGUGUCAGCAGCUACUUGCCCAGCGUCAUAGAGGCUCUUUGUCAGCACGUACAUGGGAAGCCGCCGAUCAGCACUUCUGUCAAAAAGACCUUGUCUGAGUUUAAAAGAACUCAUGUUGACAGUUGGCCCGAACACAUGCGAGCGUUUAAUGAAAGCCAGCUGUCCGCAUUAACCGACGCCCUGGUGUCGCCAAGUUACUACGCUUAA